AUGAUUUCUUAUACACUAAAUUAAUGUGCAUCUUUCCAGAUUAGUGAAAAUAAGUUUGAAGAAGUCACCAGAGAAACAAAAACCUCAUGUCAUAAAAAGCGAUAAGUAGAAUGCUAUUAAUAAAAAUUAACAAGUGAAUGUGCAUAAGAGCAAGAAGGAUUUAUUGGAAGAAAGAUGAAACAGCAAUUUAAAAGAAAGAAUGAUGAAUUCGAUUCAAUCACUUGUAUAAGAAAUAUAAUAAGCUUAUCUCUAAGUGUUCUUGAAGAGGAACAUCACAUUAAUUAUGAAUAACAGAAUCCAAAGGAGUUUUAUUCUCAAUAAGAUUUAUCAUUCAAAAUUGUAGACUAUGGUGAUAUCGAAGGCUUUUAGUUGCCACCAACUGCUCAAUUAUUUUAACAACAAAAUAAGAAGCCCCAAAAAAGAACAAAGAGCAAGAAAAUUAAGGUUGAUUCCUAACAAAAAGCCCAAAAAAACUAAACUUUAACAUAAAAAUAACAUCCAUAACAUCCUUAGAUAGAAUAAUAGAUAAAGGAUAAAUAAUAUAAUUAGGCUUCUUCUCAAAAUUCUCAUAAAUUAAAAGAGUAAACAACUUCAUAAAGGUAAUAAGUGUUGAAGAGCUUGAAUUAAAUAGAGAAUAUACAGAAAUGCAAAAAUGAGUCUAGCGAUUUUGAUGCCCAGUUUAGUCAUAUUGGUGCUGUAAGUACAACAACAGGGAAUUCCUAAUCAGAGUCAGAUGACUGUUUAUUAUAAUAAGAUGAGAAAGAUUUGAAAGACACAAGUUUACAAAAAUAGAGUAACAAGGAGAAAUAUAAAAAGAAAAAUUAUAAUAAUAUAGAAAAAGUUGGAAAAAAAUAAUAUCCAAAUUCUCCACUCACUACACCUAUAAAACGUAAAUAAUUAAAUUUAAACAAAUCCAAACGACAAGACAUAGAUGAGUUUUUAAAUAACAUAAAAAUUAAAAGUUUUUAAAACAAAAUAAGAAAACGAAUAUGUUUUAAUAGAUUGCAUUAUAUUAUAUCAACAAAUUCAGACCUUAAUAUUUAUGCUUAUGGAUCCUUCGAAACUGGACUUGAUUUAGAUGUAAGUGAUGUGGAUAUAGGAAUUUGGGGAACAUAAACAUAGAGUUACAAUUAGAUUGUAAACUUUUUACAGUAAAUUAACUCACUCUUAAAAUAGACACCAUUUUUAGUCUAAUCAAAGUUGAUUCAAAGUCAUAUGCCAAUAUUAAAAUUAGAAUUGAAUCCAAAAACUGAGUUUUACAAUGAUAAAGCAUACAUUUAACAAAAUUGGCAAAGUUUUCAUUUAGAUUAAUAAGACCCUGGUAAAAUCAUUCAGGUUGAUUUAACAUGGAUUUACUAAUGGAACAAUAUUUAUAAUAACCCUCAUUUAGGUUUUGCUUCAACAACAAUUAUCAAAGAUUGGGUGAAUCGAUUUUAUUGGUAUAGAGAGACAAUCCUAAUUUUGAAGUUUUUACUUAAAUCCAAAAAUCUUAAUGAUGCACAUACAGGAGGAAUAUCUUCAUUUUGUUUGUCGAUAAUGUUGACUGCUAUCUAUAUGUGCAAGCAUUACACUCAAAAUGAUAAAAAAUUAAUCCUUCUUGACUUUUUAAAAAAGUAUGCAACUUAAUUUGAUCCCUUGAAAGAGGGCAUUUACAUAGAUGGUUAUGGGUACAAAAAUUAUCUAGUCUAGGUAAUAAAACCCAUUUAUCUACUUGGAUGA